AUGACCAUCACCGGCGACUUGAGCACCCGCGACUUCAAGGAUGUCGAGCGUAAAGGAGGCCCCCGUGUAGUCAUCAGCUACUCGGAUGACGACCCAACAAUCAAGCGCAUGGCCAAAAUAUUCGACGCUUUGGAUCACCCUUUGAUGGGUGAUCCAAACUGUGACCUCCACCCCCGGGAAACCUGCGUCGAGUGUAUGGAUUGCACAGCGCGCGCAGAUCUGGACUACGCGAUGGAAGCAGCUGUUUAUGAGGGUUUUUCUGCGCCUGGGAACGAGAAAUUCAAGCACAUCGUCCCGACGUACCAUGGCAGUUGGACGUUUGCCCUGCCGACGCAUCAGGCUGGCAAGCCUCGGUGGGUGAGGAUGGUGCUGGUGGAGCAUUGUGAAGGGGAAGUGAUGGAUAAAAUCAUGGGCAAACAAGUCAUACCCAAGGACGACGACGACGACAACGACUACAGCGAACCAAACAAUAAAUACACCUUCGACUACGGCAAACUUCCCCCCCGAAGCAGACCGAUGAUGUGGAACGUCGAAAUUAGCAUUACACCUUGCAAUGCGAGGCUCAAGACGGAGAAUAUCUUUAUCUGCAACAACGGAUCCGUCAAGUUCAUCACUUUUAGAGAGGCAAAGGUGUGCCGCUAUCUUGACGAGACGGAGGAUCACCCAAACCAGAUCUAUGAUGGGCGGUGGAACGCAGGCGUGCCAGCGGCGGAGAUGAGGCUGAUGAAGUCUCCGAUUGAGAGAUACUGGUCUAAAUGCUUCCUCGAACCUUUCGGUCGUUGGCUCCCAGAGGCCUGGGAAAAGAACGAGGAGUUGGCAAACGAGUGGUUGAUUGACACGUUCGGCUCGGAGAAGGAGUUAGAAAAAGUAUGA